CGGCGGCGGCAGAUCAGUGACGCGCGCGGAAGUCUGCGCGUCACCGGCGCUUGGAGAAGCUCGCCGGAGCGCAACAGAUGCUUACACGGUCAGUGUCGGUGUCAGUGCCGGGAAACCUGGUCACCAUGAUGAUGAUGAGUCCCCGGCACUGUGCGCUCAGCUGCCUCGUCCAUCUGUCCCUGCUGCUGCCUCUGCUGCCGCCGCUGGGUCUGGGACGCGUCGCGGAGCUCGCGGUAGCCGCGGAAUACUCAUCCAAAACGGACUUGGACUACGAGUUCGGCGACUACCGGGGGAAGUGGUGCAUCGACGACCACGGUUUCGUCUACGGCAUCGGAGAGGUGUAUUACCCGAGCCCCACAGGGUGCCCAUGCACGUGCACCGUGGACGGUCCCGUGUGCGUCCGACCCAAGUGUCCGCGCAUCAACCCCCGGUGCACGCGGAUCGGAUAUAUGGCGUGCUGUCCCGUGUGCGAGGCGAUGGCCCGGGUCUGUUUCUACGGAGGCAAAACGUACCGACUCCUGGAGGAAUUCAGGUUGUCGCGGUGUGAGCGAUGCCGCUGCGGAGCUAACAGAGAGGUUUACUGCAGCAUUUCCAACUGCCCCGCCCCUCACUGCGUCAACCCCACGUACGAACCCAACCACUGCUGCCCCAUCUGUAAGACUGGUCCUAACUGCUUCGCUGGGAGCAGGGUGAUCCCAGCAGGAGAGCGCGUGGACAUGGACGAGGAAACCGUUUGCUACUGCACCUACAGGGACGGGACGUGGCACACUCACCCCCACGCCACCUGCGAGCCGCGUCUGCAGCCCAGCCCGACACCUGACGCUCGCACCAAGCUGUCCAGAGAUGAGGAGGUCACGGGCAGAGGGGGGAGACCGGCCAUUUCCAGGCUGGAUGAAAUACCAUGAAGUGAACUCUGACUAUAUCUGUUUGGGUUUAGCUGAGUCUCUGUGUCGUGUUCCUCCACCUGCACAUUUAAAGGUCCAGUGUGUCGGACUUCAACACAAAUGUCAACAGAAAUUGAAUAUUUAUAAUGAUGUUUUCCUUGUUUUUAUUCAGGUAAUUUGGCACUGGUUCAUUACUUUAAUAUGUUAAGAUGAUAGAAAUAUAGAAUGUGAAUGAAAGACUAGUGUGUCCUCUACCAUGGAGCCUGCCAUGUUGUACCUUGAUGCUUGUACAGUGUCCCAGAAGGGACAAAUCAAACUCUGGCUCUUGGUAUAGUCUUUAUUCAGUUGGGUUGCAAUGUGAGACUUCACCUAUUAUAUGGUCCCGCCUCGCCUUGCCUCGUCUCGCCAUGGCACGGCACGGCACGGCACGGAGCGGUUUAGUUGGUUUUCCACUACAAAAUAGUGCAGACUCAACGUGGGCGGAGUCAUCACUGCAUGAGUGACUUGUAAAGCAGCUGUUUUCAGUGUAACUGAAUCGUUAGAAUCAGCUCAUUAAAAUAUUUGUUCAGUACUUCGUCCAUGACCGGAGCUCAGACUCCGUGUAACACAGUCACUGGACUGAAAUACAGCAGCAAGGAUUGUGAUGCCGCUCGCGAUCAGCAGUGCUGUUGCUAAACACACCAGACUCCUCUGUUAAAUGUUGAGAUUUUAGACAUUCUCCUGCUAAUUGUUGGAGAUGAACCCACGUUUUUAGGAUUGUUUAGUCUAAGUUAACUGAUCUACAGUUGGGCAUUGCUCGGCUUGAUUCUUGUGUCGGACGUCUCUUCCUGUGACGGCACGCUGACCAAUCAGUGGCCGGCAGUCUGACGACGUCACGCAUAGUAUCGCCUCAGCUCACCUGGAACCUCAUCAGACCGGGUACUAAAAAUGCUAGUGGAAACUGAACCGUGCCGUGCUGAGGUGAUGGAAACACGCCAUUAGAUGGCUCUAAAUUCUACUCACUGGUCCUUUGAACGGAUACUUGAGGUUGUACUUCAGUUGCAGUUGUAUUAAGUAUUAACUAGGACACUAAAAACAUGGCUGCCAUGACUAAUAAAAUCUUUGCCUGCUUAAAUCUACAAUAUCUUUAGAUUCACCAUGGAACUGUAAACUCAUAGACUCGACUGCACCAAACUCCAUAGAGAAAAUCUUCACUUCACAGCGUGUGAUGACACAGAAGCUGCUGGUCGUGCUGCUGCCUCUUUUGUUAAGUUUGUGUCGCUCAGAUAAAUCCAGAACACUGGUUUCAAACACCAAAGUCCAAAAACAUCACCCUUAAACUCACUGAUGGAGGCAGUCGUGGAUCGACCUCUCCUUUGUGGUCAAUUUCUCUAUGGACUUUGGCAUGAGGAGCGUUCACUUUCCAGACAUCGCAGACUUCAGUCGUGUGCAGAGACAUUUGGUAGAAGAACAAUGAGCAAAGUUUGGAUUAUUUUGCUGUGUGCACAGGAUAGACAUGGACGCACGUGUGUCCACAUUAAAGAUGGAAAUGUCUCCAUGUUAUCUUUCCAGUAUUUUGUUCUGCGUUAGUUCAAUAACAUCAUCAUUUUCGUCAAUAGAAAUACAACAGAAGCUUAUUAAUAUAUCAAUAUAAAGUUCUGCAUACCUAAACACACUCACAGUAUGCCAUCGUCAUUUUAUAUCUAUGUUAUAAAUAUGUAUCGUUUCCACGUUGUUUCUGUCCAUAAAUAUGUCAAUUAACUGCAUUAUUUCCCCAACCUUUACUCAGGAAGAAAGUAAUAUCUGUAAUAUCUGAUUUUUAUCUCGAUAAAAAUUGAUACUGACUGUUUUAAAUGACCUGUUUGAUGUUUACUCACUGUUACUUACUUUCCAAGAGCCAAGAUUAUUGUUAUUUCAUGUCAUUAUACACAAUCAAGACUUUGCAUGAAAUAUUGUUCAGUAGAGAAAUUGUU